GGCGGGGUUUAAGCCACAGAGCUGUGCCUGCCUCUCAGUCCCUGGUUCCGUGGAGGGUUUUUCUUUCUCGCAAGAACACCCCCCCUCCACCCGACUUGCUCCCGCCCCCUCGCCCCAAUCCAGCUCCCAUUUUUUUUUUUUAAGUCUUGUUAAUUUCUCAAUGCUGCUGUUGCUGUUGCGGCCGCUGCCGCUGCCGCUGCCAGAGAAGGGGGAGCGCUGGAAUUGACGCUCGGAGGCUUUAACUCCCGCAGCCCCUGAACAAGUCUAAGGAGCCCCGAGUGGGGGCUGAGGAGAGGAGAGCAGGAUCCGUGGGAGAAGUCAGAGGCUCGCCUCCAGCCUCCCGCGACUCACACGGGAGGUGCAGAGAGCACAAAAAGAGGAGAAAGCAGCGCUGCUGGAGAGCGAAAGCAAGAAAUCUACCACCUUCACUAGAGCAACUUUUUUUUCCUCUUUUUUAUUUGUUGACCAACCAGAAAGAGCGGGUGCGAGACAGAGGACGAUCACUGGGGGGAAUCUACCUACAGUUGAACCUCAACUGGGACCAGGAGCAGCACUGACACACACACGCGCACCCCCAUUCACCCCCAUUUCUGGAAUAGCCGGCGCGCACAUAUACACACACAAAUACACUGAGCACCUCUCUUUUUUCUCCUCCUGAUACCCACUCGCGCCCAUCCACAUCCAGCUGAGGGAUACAAUAAGGGGAUAUGCCAUUUGGACAUGUAAUUGUCGGCAAAGGAUUUGAGACUUCCAAAAAAUGAAGCUGGCUUCAAGACUGUGGGUCUGUGUGAGCCUUCUCCUGGUAGCCUGGACCCUCCAGCCCGGCGCUUCUCAGUCAGUGUGUGCUGGAACAGAGAACAAACUGAGCUCACUUUCUGACUUGGAACAGCAAUACCGUGCCUUGCGUAAAUACUAUGAAAACUGUGAGGUAGUCAUGGGCAACCUGGAGAUAACCAGCAUUGAGCACAACCGUGAUCUCUCCUUCUUGCGGUCUAUUCGAGAGGUCACUGGGUAUGUCUUAGUGGCUCUUAAUCAGUUUCGUUACCUGCCUCUGGAGAAUUUGCGUAUCAUACGUGGGACAAAACUUUAUGAAGACCGAUAUGCACUGGCAAUAUUUUUAAACUACAGAAAAGAUGGGAAUUUUGGACUCCAAGAACUUGGUCUGAAGAACUUAACUGAAAUCUUAAAUGGAGGAGUAUACGUUGACCAGAAUAAAUUCCUGUGUUAUGCAGACACCAUUCAUUGGCAAGAUAUUGUUCGCAAUCCAUGGCCUUCUAAUUUUACACUGGUUUCAACCAAUGGUAGUUCAGGAUGUGGGAGGUGCCACAAGUCUUGCACUGGCAGAUGUUGGGGACCCACAGAGCAUCACUGCCAGAGCCUGACCAAGACAGUCUGUGCUGAACAAUGUGAUGGCAGGUGCUAUGGCCCGUAUGUGAGUGACUGCUGCCACCGAGAAUGUGCUGGAGGAUGCUCAGGACCCAAAGAUACAGACUGCUUUGCCUGCAUGAAUUUCAAUGACAGUGGGGCAUGUGUCACCCAGUGCCCCCAAACAUUUGUCUACAAUCCAACCACUUUUCAACUAGAGCACAAUUUCAAUGCAAAGUAUACCUAUGGAGCCUUCUGUGUCAAGAAAUGCCCACAUAACUUUGUGGUAGAUUCCAGUUCUUGUGUGCGGGCUUGUCCUAGCUCCAAAAUGGAGGUUGAAGAAAAUGGAAUUAAAAUGUGUAAACCUUGUACCGACAUUUGUCCAAAAGCAUGUGAUGGCAUUGGCACAGGAACUCUGAUGUCUGCUCAGACUGUGGAUUCCAGCAACAUUGACAAGUUCAUAAAUUGUACCAAGAUCAAUGGGAAUUUGAUCUUCCUUGUCACUGGUAUUCAUGGGGAUCCUUACAAUGCAAUUGAGGCCAUGGAUCCUGAGAAACUGAACAUCUUCCGGACAGUCAGAGAGAUAACAGGUUUCUUGAACAUACAGUCUUGGCCCCCAAACAUGACAGAUUUCAGUGUCUUUUCUAACCUGGUCACCAUUGGUGGAAGAGUACUGUAUAGUGGCCUCUCAUUGCUUAUCCUUAAGCAACAAGGCAUCACCUCUUUGCAAUUCCAGUCCUUGAAGGAAAUCAGUGCAGGAAACAUCUAUAUAACUGACAACACCAACCUAUGUUAUUAUCAUACAGUUAAUUGGACUACCCUCUUCAGUACCCUCAACCAAAGAAUAGUGAUUCGUGACAACAGGAAGGCAGAAAACUGUACUGCAGAAGGAAUGGUGUGUAAUCUUCUGUGUUCAAGCGAUGGCUGCUGGGGGCCAGGCCCAGACCAAUGCUUAUCAUGUAAACGUUUCAGCAGGGGACGGACUUGCAUUGAGUCCUGUAAUCUCUACGAUGGUGAAUUUCGGGAGUUUGAGAAUGGAUCCAUCUGUGUAGAAUGUGACCCCCAAUGUGAGAAGAUGGAAGAUGGCAUCUUGACAUGCCAUGGACCGGGACCAGACAACUGCACUAAGUGCUCUCAUUUUAAGGAUGGCCCAAAUUGUGUGGAAAAAUGCCCUGAUGGUUUACAGGGGGCCAAUAGCUUUAUAUUUAAAUAUGCUGACCAGGACCAUGAGUGCCACCCCUGUCACCCAAACUGUACCCAAGGGUGUAGCGGUCCCUCUAGUCAUGACUGCAUUUACUACCCAUGGACGGGCCAUUCCACUUUACCACAACAUGCUAGAACUCCCCUGAUUGCUGCAGGAGUUAUUGGUGGACUCUUCAUCCUGGUGAUUGUGGGCCUGACAUUUGCUGUGUAUGUUCGACGCAAGAGCAUCAAAAAGAAGAGAGCAUUGAGAAGGUUUCUAGAGACAGAGUUGGUAGAACCCUUAACCCCAAGUGGCACAGCACCUAACCAGGCCCAACUGCGAAUCCUAAAAGAGACGGAGCUCAAAAGAGUGAAGGUGCUUGGAUCUGGAGCAUUUGGAACUGUGUAUAAGGGAAUUUGGGUACCUGAAGGAGAGACAGUAAAGAUACCUGUGGCCAUAAAGAUUCUCAAUGAGACAACUGGUCCGAAAGCAAAUGUUGAGUUCAUGGAUGAAGCUUUGAUCAUGGCAAGUAUGGAUCAUCCACACUUGGUACAAUUAUUGGGUGUCUGUCUGAGCCCAACCAUUCAGCUCGUUACUCAACUAAUGCCUCAUGGCUGCCUGUUGGAUUAUGUUCACGAACAUAAGGAUAACAUUGGCUCCCAACUCCUCUUAAACUGGUGUGUCCAGAUAGCAAAGGGAAUGAUGUACCUGGAAGAAAGACGCCUUGUCCAUAGAGAUCUGGCAGCUCGUAAUGUCUUGGUAAAGUCACCAAACCAUGUGAAGAUCACUGACUUUGGUUUAGCCAGACUCUUAGAAGGAGAUGAAAAGGAAUAUAAUGCUGAUGGAGGGAAGAUGCCAAUUAAAUGGAUGGCCCUGGAGUGCAUCCACUAUAGGAAAUUCACCCAUCAGAGUGAUGUUUGGAGCUAUGGGGUCACAAUUUGGGAACUAAUGACCUUUGGAGGAAAACCCUAUGAUGGAAUUCCAACAAGAGAAAUUCCAGAUUUAUUAGAGAAAGGGGAACGCCUGCCCCAGCCUCCUAUCUGCACCAUCGAUGUUUAUAUGGUUAUGGUCAAAUGUUGGAUGAUUGAUGCUGACAGCAGACCUAAAUUCAAAGAACUGGCUGCUGAAUUUUCUAGAAUGGCCCGUGACCCUCAACGAUACCUAGUCAUUCAGGGUGAUGAUCGUAUGAAGCUUCCUAGUCCAAAUGACAGCAAGUUCUUUCAGAAUCUCCUGGAUGAGGAGGACUUGGAAGAUAUGAUGGAUGCUGAGGAAUACUUAGUUCCUCAAGCCUUCAACAUUCCACCACCUAUCUAUACUUCCAGAGCAAGAAUUGACUCUAAUAGGAGUGAAUUUGGACACAGCCCUCCUCCUGCCUACACUCCCAUGUCAGGAAACCAAUUUGUGUAUAGAGACGGGGGCUUUGCCACAGAACAAGGAGUAUCUCUGCCAUACAGGGCUACCAGCUGCAUAAUCCCUGAAGCACCUGUUGUACAAGGGGCCACAGCAGAGAUUUUUGACGACACGUGUUGUAAUGGCACUCUGCGCAAACAAGUGGCACCUCUUGUCCAGGAAGACAGCAGCACCCAAAGGUAUAGUGCUGACCCGACAGUAUUUGUAGCUGAGCGGAGCCCAAGAGGUGAAAUGGAUGAAGAUGGCUACAUGACUCCAAUGCGUGACAAACCCAAACAAGAUUACCUGAACCCUGUUGAAGAGAAUCCUUUCGUUUCUCGGCGAAAGAACGGUGAUCUUCAAGCCCUGGAUAACCCUGAAUAUCAUAACGCCUCCAACGGGCCACCAAAGGCAGAGGAUGAGUACGUGAACGAGCCUCUGUACCUCAAUACCUUUGCCAACACCUUGGGAAACGCGGAGUACCUGAAGAAUAACGGACUGCCUGGGCCAGAGAAAGCCAAGAAAGCUUUUGACAACCCUGACUACUGGAACCACAGCCUUCCUCCUCGGAGCACCCUUCAACACCCAGACUACCUGCAGGAAUACAGCACAAAAUAUUUUUACAAACAGAAUGGACGGAUCCGGCCUAUUGUGGCAGAGAACCCCGAAUACCUCUCUGAGUUCUCCCUGAAGCCAGGCACUGUGCUGCCUCCCCCACCCUACAGACACCGAAACACAGUGGUGUAGGCUUUUAGCGUUCGUUCAGGGAGCGGAGAGAUACGCCCUCUCCAGUCGUCCGUCCUCCCUCCCCUCCCCCCUCCCAACCCUCCUCCCUCUCUUUCUCUUGUGGGCUUCCUCUACUUUCCAGGCCAGUCUUUUUGCGAUGUCCAAACAGAAGCUGUUAAGGAUGCACUGAGAGAAUGACAAGUUCUGUGCUAUUCAAGUUGGGGACUCAGAAUGAAGGAAAGAAAGAGAAAGACAGGAAGGACCACAGAGUUUUUUUUUGGUUUCUCCACCGGGGAGGUCAAGAGGACAGAACAGCCAGGGAAGGACCUGUAAAUGUCACUGGGCAGUAUUGCCUACUGUCAAAAUAGUUCUUGAUUUUUAAAACUCCGAUGCUAUAAAGUCACAUGGCGUCUGUUUCUAUCAGCAGGAACUGAUGAGCGCAUAUUCAGCAUUCCUGGAAAUCAUAAUGUAGUUUCCAUUAGGAAAAAGGACAAUUUUUUAUAUCACAUAUGAUAGUCUAAUAAUUGAGAUCGAGAAUCCAAUUUCUGUAACAAUUUCUACCCUGACAACUGAAAAUGGCUAACUCGGCUUUCAGAACUAUUUGAAUCUCCAUCAAAGUUAUAAGAAAUAAUUAUGUGAUUUCUUGUCUUUGGUCAAUCCCUUCAUUUGAGCCCUUCCCCAAAUGUUUGGCCUUUUUUCCCCCUCUAAUUGCAGAGAUUUUACAUUGACGCUUCAGCACACGUCAUUAACACAUUUAUGUGUUGAGAUCAUUUUAAAAAAUAGUUUAAAUAAGAAUUCCUCUUAGGACUGCAAAAUGGCAAAACCUCAAAUGUGCAACUUUUUUGAGGUUAAAAGGGAAGCCAACACAUAAGAUUUCUACAACUAAAACCUUUCAUGAUUUGUUCUAAAGAACAUGAACCCCACAUACAUGAAGUACAUUUCUCAGAACUUUCACUGUUCCCUCCAGGCCAUUAUUAAUAAUAGUUAAAAGGCAGUAGGCAACGUUGAGUCUAAGAGAAACCAAGAGACAGUUCCAUGUGGUUCAUGAAAACUGCUGAUAUAUUCAGGGGUGGCCCACUGAGUAAUCUUUUAAACUGGAAGGAAGACACUGGAUUGGGUGAACUCACAUACCAGGCAAAAUGCUCGGGAAUGUAGUUUGCACUUAAGCUAUAAUUUUGUUUGUUCUCAUUCUGAACUCUUCUGGAUUUUGAAAGAAGCAAUAUGAAAGUGACCAGCAAAUUCAAAAUAUUUAAAUAUGUUUUUUUAAAGAGUAAUGUUGACAAAAGACUGCAGAAAUGCCAAACCAAGUAAAUUACAACUUUUGAACAGUACCCAGGGAUGACGGGAGGGCCACACACAUUGUCUGCCGAUGGCAUCACAACAGUGUCAUGAAGAAAGGCCACCCGGUCCUCAGGCUCCAGAUGAAGGAAAACGACAUGAGCAAGACCUGAGCUGAAGUCCAUGAAGUAUCUAGCAUUAGGACUAUAGAUUUUUAAUUAGAUGAUAACUCUAGCACAUAAGGUGGUAUAGUAUGUAGAAGGUUAAAAAAAUACAGAUAUGCAUGGCUCAGAGGAAUUGGGAUUAAAAAAAGUAUAAAUUAUCAUGAUGAUAUUUUCUAGAUUCUGAUUUUAUUUUCUGACACACUGAUUUUUUCUAAACUUUUGCAUAAUGAGUUCAGUUACAUUUAACCAUGGCAAUAACUCUGAUUUGGAAAAUCUUCCCAUUGUACCUUUGUGAACUUUAUUACUAACUACAUGGGAGAUGGCAAUGGGCCUAGCAUCAGGAAUGAAUGGGAGCUUCAGAUGCACUAAAAAUGUUCUUCUUUUGGGGUGUGAGUAAAUAAAAAUAUUUCUACUUAAGAUGAACAGAAUUAGAAGUAAAUUGAGUUCUAAAACUUAUAUUUAAGCAAUUACAUUGAAAACUCUAGGUGAUCUUGUAGAGGGGGUUUGAGGAAACCCUAGAGUAAGGGCCACUUUUCUCUAGUUUUUAUGAAUAAAUUGCCUUAGAGUGGCCAUUGAGUUAUUUUAUUUGUACUUAUUUUGUUGGUUCUUAUCAUUCAGGGACUGUUAAAAGAGACUAAUUUUUUGUCCUCUCUAAUUUGGAGAGAGUUACCUUGUGAUUUCAUUCCCAGAGCAUGGGUAAUUAAGAUGAUGCUGUCAAUUAUAUUCAGUGCUACCAGUGCAUGGUGAACUGGGCUAGAGUAAUAUGGAAACACUACUAAACUGGCCUACCUGGACAGACAAACCCAAGCAGACUCUGAAUGUCUUAUAACUUUGUCACCAAGAAAUCACCUGUAUGAAUACUAUGAAUACUAGUAGUGUUCAGGGGACUUUAGCCAUAAACCCCAGAAGGACUACAGUCCAGGGUGGGAAGUCUUUCCAAGUCAUGAAAAAGAGAAAGAACAUUAAGGAUGGAAUAUAAGUCCUUCUAGAAUAGCACCAGCAACCAGAAUAGCUUCUUGGAGAAAAGAGGUAGAAUGAGGGAAUCUUCAAUAAUUCAGGGUUUAGUAGGGUCGUAUUAUUAAGUGUCAGCCCAUUCAUUCUUUGAAUGGAUCUCUUUUUAAUAAGAGAGUCUUCAUUCUAUGGGUUCUAGUAUCCUUUUAAAAAAUUCAUUGUAGUAGUCAGUAGUCAGAAAUACCAAAAUUUUCUUUAGGUUGUUGUGUUGUAUUUACAUAAUAUUAGCAUAAUAGUACUUCUGUAUCAUGAAAAAUUGUGAAGAAAGUGGUUAUUUUGUGGGCAGUCAAUGAGAGUUCUAUUGAGGUGUUAGGUAAGUGUUUGCUGGAUAAUACAGAGUAUCUCAAUCCCACUGCACCGUUAUAAAAGAUCUGACCCUCAUGGCUCAGAGAAAGCUUCAAGUAAAAGAUGGAUAAAUAGCAUAAACUGUGUAAUCCAAAUUGAACCAAAAAAUCUCCCUGAUUAUUCACUUUUAAUUAUCUCUGCAAUAUUCAUGAUGUCUACUAAGAAAUGGAUCUGGAUGUAAUGUGCUAGGAAUAUAGUGAAAAUGUUUCAUUGAUUUCAAAGAUGAUGGCUUUUGGCUAUUAGAGUCAGACCAAAAAUAAAUAAAUGAAUGAAUGAAAUGGAGAAGGGAAGUUGAAAUCUACGUUGUUCUCCUGGGGAUUCCAUUCCAAAGGAUGGUUUUGCUAAUGGGAACUUUCAGAUUCACUUAUGUAAAUGUGUGAUAUCUGAAAGUAAAUUCCAUGUGAGUGAACUUUUGAAAUCUACAAACCUUGUUUGUAGAUAAACCUACCUUGGGAAAUUACAUUUCCAGAGAUGAAAAGCUUUGAAGAUAAGUAGUUAUUAACAUGGUUAAGUAGCUCUUAGAUGGAGAGAUAUAGAAAAGUUCACUGCCCUUAAACUGGGUGAGGCCCCAAUGCCUGGAGAAACAUCUCAAAAGGGUGGUGCCUGCCCAAGUGUGUGUUUUCCCCACAAAGACAUUUCUUUCCAUUCCUGCAGUUUCACAGGGCAUAAACAGGAGUUGGGGUUAUGUGUGGGUUCUGAAGUUUAGCCUUUUUUUUUCUAGUCAGCUUCUUUAAAAGAGUUAAUACUGUUGAAUGGAAACUAGACCUAGUAAAAAUGAAAGUUAAAGUUGGUUUGUUUCUUUCAAUAUAAAAGCCUAAAAGGUAAAAGGACUCAAAAUAGGCCAUUUCACAGUUAGAUUGCAAAGCAAAACAGAAGUUGGCACCACUAUGUUUUUAUAUAUCUUAAGGAAACACAGUGAGAGAGAUGGAUGAGUACCUGAUUAUUGGUGGAGUAAGCCCAGGAAAAGGACCUGAGGGUCCUGCUGCUAAAUGAAACUGGAUCAUCUGUCUGCUUUCUAGAAUGUCAGGAGUGAACAAAACUCCUCCCCCCAAAACCUGAGGAAAAGAUGCAAAUGUUUGUUCUAGAGCAAUCUAAUUCUUCUUUCAAAACGUGAAUAUUUAGUCACUUGUAAUUGUUCCACAGCAGGCUAGUUUACUCACUCACAAUGAACUGGAAAUAUCAUGAAAGUCUAUGAUCAGUCCUGUCCUGGCACUGGAAAUAGAAUUUUUCCCAAGUACUCAAUAAGCAAACCAAACCAAACUAAAUGACUAACCACAGAACAGCUGGUGACAAAAUUAAGUGCAGAAGAACAAAUUUAGAAUUGCUUAAACAUUAGCAAAUAAUUGCCAUCAGAAUAAGAAUACUAAGGCUACUGACUGGAUAGAGCAUCAAAAGCCUUUUAAAGAACUGAAUCCAUUGAAGAUCAUUUGUUUACAGGGAGGUUUUUUUGUACUUUUUUAUAUUGGCAACCUAAAAGAUAGCUUCAAAACACUGAAAAAAAUAUUUUACUAUUUUUGUUUUUAAACUUCCCUUUGGACCUUUCUCCAUCUUUUUAAUAUAAUAUCAUAUACAGCCAGUUAGGGGGUUAGGGAAGAGAAUGCUUUACCAUCUCAAGCAAAACUAACCUUUGAUUACAAACCAAAAGUUAGUUACCAUAAAAAGUCUCUCUCAUCUGGCAUGUUGGGGGAUGGAGAUAGUAUCUGUGUAUGAGGAGGGGGGGAGUGUCUGUUGUUUUAAACAAAAUUUCACUUCCCCAUGCUAGUUCUUUCUCUUAGGAAAUAAUGAAAUAUCAACAUAUGUAUAUAUGCAUAUAUAUAUAUAUAUAUAAUUCAAAAGAGUUCAAUGGCACUCUUUCCUCAAAAAUAAAAGAAACAAAACAGUGAAAUAAUCAUAGAACACCCUCUGUAUUUCACUUGGCUUGGACACCAAAUGCUACAUUAAUAAUUCAUGGUUAAUAUUAUCAGAAAUAUUUGUUUCUUCAGCUUUCUGAAAGGGAAAGUUCCAGACAAAGCCUCUUUGGGUGUGCAUGGGCACUGAUGUUGGAAGGACAAUCCAGAACCCAUGCAAGAUCACAUGAGCAGGAUAGUGAGCCACCAGUUGUUCAGGCAGAAAUGACACUGAACCAACGAUGAUUAGAUGAAAGCAAAAUUUUAUGAAGAUGAAUUGCAAAGAAAUCAAGUCCUUAAUAUGGCUAAUAUUGAAAUGCUCUUUUCUAUCAGAUUGAGAAUAAAUACAAGUAGUUCAGCCCCAUAGAUACCUCAGUAAGCCCACUCUCCUCUAUAAUAGCAAACCUGAUGUCUGCUUUGUACUCUCUCAGGCCAGAAGCCCAUCUGUUUCUAUAAGAAUUUAUCUGUUAACACUGCCGGCUGCUCUAUGUCUUUUAAUUAAAAGAAAAUAUUUCAUAAAACUGCAGAAGUUGCAGACAGCCUCCUUUAUUUUUAUAGAGCAGUGAUUAAAAAUAGGACAUCUUCCUCCUACAUACGUGCAAACCUGCUGCACCUUGUCCCUGGCCAAUAGUAAUACUUUGGGUGGAACAAAAUUUUCCCCAAAUCACAAACUGAAAAAGACUCCAAGCCUCUAUUUUAUAGGGAAGGGCAAUCUUACCUCCACAGACUUUCUCUAGAAUUCACUUUUUGCUAAAAUUAACUUGACAAGCAAAUGAUCAACUUACUAAAAAUCACAGAAAUUAUUUCUACCAUAGAAUCAUUUGUUCUCCAGAUUUAAAGCUCCUUUUUCAUUAAAAACAAAAACAAACAAAAAAAUCUUCACCUUUUCCUGAUAGCCAGAGUUGGUAAAACUCAUGUAUAUUUUUAUUCUCACAGGCCCUUUCUUUAUACCAUUUUAUAACUCAGAGCAAAACAGCAACCCCAGUUUCCUUUCCUUCUGAAACCUCUGCCCAUAUUCUGCCCACUUUCUCACCAACCUACUUUUGAAUUCCUUUCUCGUCACCAUCCUUGAGCCCUGAUGAUUGAUCCCUUAUAAGCCAUAGUGGACCCUUAAGGUCCUGUACCUCACUUUGUGAAAUAAUGAUCUAAGCUGUUCCCACAAACAGAAGAAUGAAUUGUGCACUAUGUAGCCAAGUGCUUUGGCCAUGGUUUGGGAGUUUUGUUAGUUGUUGGGGUUUUUUUUGUUGUUGUUGUUAUUGUUUUUGUUGUUGCUGUUGUUGGCUUGCUUUUAGCAUUUCACCAAGAAUUUCACAAAGUUACUCUGUGUAUCCACUCUAGUUAAGUUUCCCAAAAGGAUAGAUUCACAUACUGUGUCUUCGACAUAGCAAUGUUGGAUGAGAGGCUGGUCUGCAAUGAAUCUUGCAACCCUUACACAAGUGCACCCACAUAUCCAUACCACUUUGAGAUUUAGUUUUCCCAUUUAAAAAAAAGAUAAUUGGAAGUUGUUGGGUUUUCUCUUUUUAACCAACAAUUAGACAUCAUUUUAUCCAUCUUUCUUUUUCAGUUUUUUUUUCUUCCAGGCCUCAAAUUUUCCAAUAUAAUUAUAUUUGAUAUCUUUCAAAAUAGGGCCUAAUAAAAGAUGAGGGAUGCACAGCAUUGAAAAGCAUCUUUUAGUGCGUUUGCCAUCAUACUAUAUGAUCAAAAUUCAUGUUCUGUGAUAGAAUAUCAUUUUUUCCUUACCUUUGCUCCUUCAAGGUCAGUUUCUCUUUUAAUGCUCCAGUGAGCCUUAUCCCGAUAAUCCAAAGUGGUUCUUUUUCUACAAAGUCAUUCUAAAAAGGGUAACAAAAUGGGAAAACACACUUUCAUAUCUGGAAGCAACAGUCUAACAUGUCCAAAACCAUUUCGUCAUGACUCCCAUUUCCAUUUCGAAUGCACAAAUCUUUCUCCCUUACGUAAAAUUCAUUUUCUGGUUCCUAUGACAUACGCCCAGUUUUCAACUUUGAUUUGCAGUGUUUUCAAUGAAUAGGGUUUGCAUAUAGUCCUUUUUUCCUGAAGGGAGAUUCACUUGCCCUGUAUCUUUCUGACCUCUCAGGGGUUUGAAGAGGGGAGUGAGGAAACACUACCCAAACCAUAGCACUCUGAAGACUGACUAAUACCUUCGGGAUACCCACAGUACCCAACUGUGAACAUUAUUUUCUAAGUGUAGAUAUGUAAGCUGUUCUUUUAAAGUAAGGUACUAUGAAAUAUGUAGCAUAAACUGGUACUGCUGUUAAAUGGGUCGAUUAUUAAACUGAGCAGCUGUGUGUAGGCAGCUAACUUUGAAUAUGCACCCGCCAAAGGCUGGUGUGUCCACAUCUCCAUGCUGUGUCUACUAGUUGGCUAGUGUGUUUCUGCAUGUUGCAAUUACAUCUUUCAAACAUUUUGGUAGGAUUAGAUCCCUAUCCCUUACCUUGACUCCAAACAAAAGAGAAUGAUAUCAACCUGAAGGCCAAUCCAUAGCACAAGCAAAAUAUCAAGUUAGCCUUUUCUUCCUAAUAUCCAACCCAUCCUCUCCUCAAAGCCUUUAUACUGUGAUACAUUUAAGUAGUAAAGGCAACACAUUAUCUAGAAGGCAGAGGCUGAGGGUAUCCUAUCCAUGUGUAUUCAUUUUCAAAUGUUCUGAACUUGUCAACAUAAUAAACCCUCGCUCUUGUGAAGUAACUUCAAGGAACAGAGAUGUAGCAACAGCACCUUUUGGGUAAGAAAUCCAUAUUUCAUGUAAAGCCCUACAUUCAAAGUUAGCUGCCUUUUUUGGAAAUAAACAAAAAAAAAUCCUACUGUAUGUUACUUUGAAAAUGUGAAUAGUAUUUUUAUAGCUUGUUAAAGACAUGGCUAGUUGCAUUUGUAAAUAAGGAUAAUGUUGCUUUUAUUUCUUUUGUGGACAUCUUUAAUUGGAACAUAAUUGUCUUUAGAGUUGAUUUGUAUAUAAGUAAUUGGCUUGUGAUUUUUUUUUCUUUUUGGUUGGAAGGUAUCAUUUUGACAUUAUGUGUGAUUCCGUGUUUAGCACUAUUGUGAUGUGUUCAACUUCUGCAUUUGCUUACACAAUAGGGUAUGCCGAUUGUGUGUGGUGUAAUGUUAUUUUAACAAUUUUUUUCUAUUUCAGCUAUGAAGGAUUAUGCACUUAACACGUACUAACUUUUUAAUAUUAGGUAUCUAUUUUAGUAUAAUUUCCCCUUUUUCUUUUUUUCCCUAAAAAAAGGUUUCCCCUUUUCCUUAUUUUUCCCGUUGUUGUUUGAGAAUGAGGGAGAAACAAUAUCAUUAAUUUGUGUGAUUUAGGCUCUAUAUCAGUUCUUUCUCAAGUUCUGUCUUUUGGAUCUUGAGUAAGAGCUUUACUUGUUUAAGGCAAUUGUAGAAUGUGACCUGCUUUGCCUCAUUCCACUCUGAUCAUCCCAGCUGAACAAUUUGAAAACUGUUCUGCUUUUUUGUUACAUGAAUCUGUCAGAAAUAUAUUUUUAAUUUAAUAUAAAUGAAAUUCAAUAAAAUAUGAAACAAA